UUGGGUCGGCCCGGAGUUGCCCUCACUCGCUUAGUCCACGGUCGUGUCCCUCCCCAAAACCCUCGUCCAUGGCGACCGCGGCACCGCCGCCCGAGGAGUUCGCCCGCCAAGCUAUGGCCUACGUAGCCGAGGAGGAAGAGGAGGACCCGGAGGAGGUGGAGGCGUGGGUUUCCUCCGACUCGGAGCCGGACGAGCACCCGGCGCUCAAGCGGCUGGACCCUUACCCCGACUCGGAGCCGGAGCAACCGCACCAGCCGCCGCCGCCGCCGCCUGCGCCGACGAAUUCGGCGUUCGAGGUGGCGGAGGAGGGGAAGAAGGCGACGCCUUGGCCUGGGUUUCCCGGCGCGAGCGUGUUCCGGCUGGUCGUGGCCGGGGACAAGGUGGGCGGCCUCAUCGGCCGCCGGGGCGAGGUCAUCAAGCGCCUCUGCGAGGUGACGCGCGCCCGUGUCCGCGUCCUCGACCCCACGGACGGCGUCUCCAGCCGGAUUGUCUUGAUAUCCGCAACAGAAGAAACACAGGCAGAACUGGCACCUGCUAUGGAUGCUGCAGUUAGGAUCUUCAAACACGUAAAUGACAUAGAAGGGAUCAACCCUGAUUUCACAUUACCUGUUUCUGGACCAGAAAUUUGUUCUGCUAGAUUACUGGUUCCUAAAGCACAAGGGAGGCACUUAAUUGGCAAGCAAGGAACCACGAUCCAGUUAAUGCAAGAAUCUACUGGUACUACCAUAAGGAUUAUAGAUAAAGACGAGCUUUUGAGUAAUCAGAUGGUGGAAGAAAGAAUUGUGGAGAUACGUGGUGCUUCCCUCAAGGUCCUCAAUGCCCUAAAAUCAGUACUUGGACUUCUCCGGAGGUUCCUAGUUGAUCAUAGUGUCCUUCAUCUAUUUGAAAGAAAGAACGAAGAAGUAGCCGAAGUUCAGAAUAGUUCUAAAGAAAAUCAGGUUACCAAUGAUUAUGCUCUUGUAGUGAACCAGGACCUUUUGUUAUCUGACAGUCGAAGCCAUCAUAACCCGAAUGGCGGCAGAUAUUUGUCAUAUGGACAUGACCCAUCUGUUUGUGAUCCAUAUUCACGAGAUAUCAGACGCCCAACUGUCUCCUUGAUAUCAAAGAUUACGCAGACAAUGCGGAUCCCUUUGCCGCAAGCAGAAGAGAUAAUUGGUGUCAGGGGACAGACCAUUGCUCAUAUACGUUCUGUCAGUGGGGCGAUGGUUGUCCUCGAGGAAACUGGAAAUUAUCUGGACGAGGUUCUGGUUUCGAUUGAAGGCACUUCGUCACAGGUUCAGACCGCACAUCAACUCAUACAGGAGGUCCUACUGGGCAACGGAGAACCUCUACCGCCCUGGAGCAGACGGUACGGCAACCCUGACGCUGGCCCAGUUCGGCUGCCGUUCGCCCUGCACGGUUCUCCAGCGAGUCCGGAGUGCGCCCUGCCUCUGUAUCGCGAGUAUCGGUCGUCGUCAGCUGCUUACCACGGGUACAGGCUGUAGCGCACUGUGCCGAGCAACGGACCGCGCGCCUAACCCCGUCGCCUCGCCUAACCUGGACCAUGGCUGAUUGAGGGGAAAUUGAGUGGGACGGCUUAGUUGUGAUAAGACACUACGCUCCGGCAGUUCCUUGCCUAUGGUAGCUCUAUUAUAUUCGCCCUUGCCUGAAGAAAGCACAGGGGUGCUUGCUGCUGGUUCUGAAGAUUGUGGCACCUGGUUUGGGUGGUUUCCAUGCUGGAAGGACCCUGAUUGUGAUGGAGAAAUGCUGUAGAUUGCACAUGAUCUGCCAAACACUGCUUCCGCCCUUA